UUCGUAUCGUAGUCUCGCCCGAAGCACACACACUUCUCACUAACUUGAACAAAAUUAUAAGUAACGUUUUUUUUUCGAUUUUUAUUAACAAAAUUUCGUUUUAUCAAAAAACCAUCUGGGAUGUCGUUGCGAAUUUGUAAGGGAGAAAUGGAUCUAAGACCAAUAACCUUCGAGGCCAACACUGGCGAGAGGAGGGGUCCUAAGUGCGCUAGGAUGUCACCCAGGAAGACGAGGGUGGCAGCCAAGAAGAGGACCGCGAAACGCAAGGCUGUUAGGAAGCCCAAGCCCAAGAUAAAGUCGAAGUCGAAGUCCAAGACCAAGUCCAAAGCCACCCGGCAAGCGAGGUCCUGUGGCAAAGCCAGUGGGUCCACCAAAGGUGUUCAGGCCCGAAAAGUCGCAAGCCCGAAAAAUCGCAAAUGUAAACCAGAAUGUUAACCAGAAGGACUGGCAAAGUGGACAGUAAGAAGCUGACGGCCGUCAUGCACACCAUCCUCAACCAGCUGAAGGGCUCCAUCGGCUACUACCUCUCGCAGAAGUCCAUUGCCGACAAUCUGCUGCAGCAGCGCGCCUCCCUGCCGAACAUCAGCUUUGGUCCCAAUGGCAAGCAAAGCUAUCUGGACUUGAGCCAGCGGCACAACGAGAAGCGCAGCGAACUGAUGCAGGCCGUCUUCAUUGCCGAGCAGAAUCUGUACUUGCUGUGGAUCCACCUGGACUUCUACCUGCGCAACGCCGUCGUCUAUGCCAACGAGAACCGCAACGCCAUCAACGAGAGCCUCCUGGACAACGGCAACGGCAUCGGCAAUGUGUCCGUGCUGAAUGCCUCGCAGGACGAGAUCCUGCAGCUCAAGCAGCUGCUCAUCUCCACCUUCAACGAGACCUUCUGCACGCAGCUAAUCACGGCCAGCGAGGACUACGCCACCAAGUGCAGGGGCUUCAACGCCUCGCUGCUGCGCCGCAUCAAGGCGCUCGUCCAGUUCGCCCCGGUCACUGCCAAUGGCGACAAUUCCACGUUCAUCUCGUAGGCUCGGAUCGAACGCCAUUUCCCCUCCCCUCCCCCACCCCUGCCGGCUCGUCUUGGUCCUUCGGUACGGAUAUCCGCCGCUAAGUUGCGCCUCGCAAUCGGUAGGGCGAUGCUGCCCUCCCGGUGUCUGUUUAUCA